GAUCCCAAGUGUCAUUUGGUUUCUGCUUCCGGAAGGGAAGGGCUACAAUGAUACCAUUCUACAGUGUGCAUUGGUUUUCCUGUCAAUCUACACGUCCUCAGAAUGAGAUUCCUUAGGCUUCUGUAGUGAAAGGGUAUUGCAUGUUUCACAGCCUGUGUGGGGACCCACUCCUGCUUUGGUUCAUGUAGUUAAUCCUUCCCUGGCUAACACUGCAUUUUCCCUCCUCAGCCAUGUUAUGUCACUUACCCUGCUUAGCCAGGGACAGACUGCAGCUUCUCAUUUGCUUUCAAGGCUGUGGACAGCGGCCACCUGUCUCAACACUUUUUAUCAUCAGAUGCUAUUCUGUAGUCCCGCCUUCCACACUAUACUUGAUUGCUUCUGAGUGCUUGUCUUUCCUAAAAUUGGACCCAUGGCCUCUCUCAAAUGCAAAAACACAGGGGAAAUAUUUGUGUUCUGAAGCCUACUUUUAGAUUUUUAAAAGGUGCUAAUCAUGUGGAUAACAUUAUGCUAGACAUGCAGAAAAUUACAAAGUAAGAAAAAGAAAUCUAGCCAGAGAAGAAGAGUGUGAAGAGAAAGUUGUUCAGGAAACAAUCUCAUAUGAUAGAGGGUCUUAAAUCCAUGACUGAAAUAUUUGAACUUUACCACUGGGAGUAGGUAUAUGGGAGAUACUGGAGGCAACAGGUUGGAAGAACAAAGAAACACAUUGAUACAGCACUAUUGUGCAGCAGAUUGGGAAGAGGUAAAAGGUACAUAGGGAGGUUGUUAGGAAGGUGGUAUAGUAAUCCCCUUGGGAGUCAAUUAUAUUUAAGACAUUUUAUAAAAUAGGAGAAAUUUUUUUUUAUUAUGAAAGCAAUAACGGUUUGAGAGAAUGUGGAAAUUUCUAAAACAUAUAAGGAAGAAAAAUGUCACCCAUAACCUCACAAUCUAAAGAUAAUUAUUGAUAUUUUAUUACCUUUCUAUGGACAUAACUGAGACCAUAUACAUGGAGUUUAAUACUCUUUUUAAAACUUAGCAUAAAUAUUUGCCCGCAUUACUAUUAUAUGAAAUACAAUCUAUAAGUAGUCACUAAGUCUACCAAAUGGAUGGUCCAUAAUCUGAUAGCAUUGCUGCCUUCGUUGGAUAUCCAGAUUAUUUCUAGUUUUAGCUAUCAGUAGUCAAAGUGCAAUAGUUGUCCUUUCUCUAAUAUCUUUACUUCUCUAAUCAUUUGCUUAGCAUAUAUUCAGAGGGCAAGUUCCUUUUCAGGUUCUUGAUGUUCCAUAGAGACAUUUGCUCCUCUUACACAAGCAGUGUGUGGCACUGAGAAUACUCAUUAUUAAAUAAUUGCGAAUUUGAUAGACAAAAAAGGUUAUCCUUUGCGAUAAGCAUUACUUUGCCAGUUAACUAUUAACAUGGUUGAACGUUUCACUUAACAAUUACAGUGUGAGGUGGGCGGAUCACUUGAAGCCAGGAGUUUGAGACCAGCCUGGCCAACAUGGUGAAACCCCAUCUCUACCAAAAACACACAAAAAGCAAAAAACAAAAAUUAACUGGGCGUGGUGGCGCAUGUCUGUAAUCCCAGCCACGUGGGAGGCUGAGGCAGCUGAGGCUGUUGGCUUCAUCUGUGUUAUUUUGGAAUUUACAAACUGUUUCCUCCUUUGCGAUUUUGUCCUAGCUGUUUCCUACUUUGGGGAGAGCCCUUCUCCCAGACCUCCACGUGCUGGACUCCUUGCCUUGACAUGGGCCUCUGCUGCACCAUAGACCCUUCUGAAGGGAGGACUUCCCCAACACCAUCUCCAUCACUUCAUCACAAUUGCUUUCAGGGUUCUCACCAACCUGAAAUCAUCCUUCAAAAUUUUCUAUUUACUUGACACUAGAAUGACUGUAAACUCUAAGAGGGUCUGUCUUCCAUACAGCUGUAUUUCCAGCACUCAGAAUAUCACCUGGAACAUAGUGGGAACUGUAUAAAUAUUUGAUGAAGGACUGAGCGAACUAAUGAAUGGAGCUCAAGGGAGAGAUUAAGCCCAGGACUGCAGGAAACCAAGUGCUUUAAGGACUUCUCUCUAGUGUCCCUGGCUGCUUCUUCCAUUUCUGGAAGUUCAUUUUAUCCCAACAAUAGCAGUCUACUACAGAAAUGCUGCUAUAUAUUCCCAAGCCUCACGGAGAGGAAAUAUGAGAACUUAAGGGCCUGAAAAGUAUAAAGAUCUUGGUGGAGCCCGAAACCCCCACCCCAACCUAAUACUGAGUUUUGGAAAGUUUAAUUGUUGCUUGUGAAUAUAUUUCUGUUUCAUUCUCAUUGGGAAACCUUAUCUGUGGGUUAUGGCCAAUAGGAAAUCAUCAGACAUUUAGACAUCAGACAUCAGGCAUCAUGUAAAAUACACAUUUGUAUAUGAAAUCUUUAAUCCAAAUUGUUGCCCUGCUACCCUUCUGAGUAGCCGUCAUAUCCUAGUCUGAGGGCCAAACAGAUUGAAGGUAAAAUUCAACCAAGCAGAAUUCUGUAAUGCCUUCUUCACACACAGAUUUGUUGCUUUUUGUCUGCUCUCAGAAUUAAGUAAUGAAUCUCUACAGGAAGUUGAUUUACUUCAUUUAAAAAAAACCAACUGAAAAUAUAUUUCCUAUGGCCACUGACUAAUGGUAAAAAACAUUAAGAAUAUUCCCAUUGUAAAAAUAUCUGCAAGUGGGAGAGAAUUAGACAAGCAGGGGGAUGGUGAUAAGCAUCAAUUACAUAUUAUACACCCUGUUAUGGAGGCUUUACCACUGCCACCUCUGAAAAAUGGGCUUUACCUCCCUAUCUAAAUGUAUAUAAAAUAAAAUCACAGGAUAGCUUUUACAUCAGAGCAGCAAAACUGGCAAAAUUUAAAAGUCUGACAUUACCAAAUAAUGGUAAGAACACGAAGCAAUGAAAUUAUUUUCCUCUAAAGAAUAUAGUUAUGGAAAAAAAUUGGGGCUUUUCUAAUACAAUUGGGGAUGUACCUACCCAAUGAUUCUGCAAUUCCAUUCACUAAACGACCCCUGAAAUACUCGCACAGAAGGACAUUACCAGAAUCUUAGGAGCAGCAAUGUUUAUAAGAGCAAAAUAUACAUUUGGAAAACCUUAAAUGUUCGAAGGAGAUGAAUACAUUUAAGGUUUUUUUUUCAAGGUAAUUGAGAAUCUGCAGUAAGUGUUAUAGUUUCCUGUUAUUUUUAAUUGCUAAGUUUACAAUGCCUGGAAUCAGUUCUGCCUUCAAAGCCAAGUGUUCAUUUUGCAUGUAUCAGGAAACCCAUUUGGCACAGAGCUCAUCCCAGGAAGUUAAGUUUCAGAUUCACAGAAUCAGUAGCAAAGUGCAAUAUCAGAAGUGUCCAGUGAGAGGCACUGCAGGGGACUGGGAUGGCCUGUCUUAACUUCAUACAUUUUGGGGCAACUAUACCCAUUAGACUUGGCAUAUAGUCCUCAGGCUAAGAAAGAAGAUAGGACACAAAUGCAUCUAUUCAUAAAGUGAAAAUGAAAAAAGAUAGCGUAAAAAAAAAGAUUUAGAAAUAACUUUCAACAGUGCUUAUAGCAAUAGUUCUGAAUGCAAAUCAUGUAACUUUUAUAAAAAUAGUAACACCUUAGUUUUGUUUUGGAUGAGGACAUAAACCCUGAAGAAUAUACAUAUAUAGAGGAACCUCGUUUACUGCUGAUGGUAGGGGAAAUAAAUAAUAAUCUCUAUUUAUAGCUUAAGAAAGAGGUCCUCAAAGAGUGGGAGCCGUAUGGGUCCCUGACAGAUCCUUCAAAAAGAUCUGUGCAAUCAAAACUAUGCUCAUCAUGAUAUUAAGACCUAUUCCUUUUUUAUUCUCAUUCUCUCAUUAGUGUAUGGUAGACCUUUUCAGAAACUAUAUGACAUAUAUCAUGAGACUGAUUGCAGAAGCAAAUAUGAGAAUCCAGUCAUCAUCUAGUCAGCCAGACAUCAAAGAGAUCCGCAUCUAUGCAGAACAAUGUCACUUUUCUCAAUAAGCCUGUUUUAGAAAGUAGUUACUUUUCAUAAAUUGUAUGAUAGUUGUGUUCACACGUAAUGGGUUGUUACUUAAAUAAGAAAGUAAAAAUUUAAAAAUUCUCACUUUAAUUUCUAACAUAGUAAUAUUGACAGGCAUAACCUACAUAGACAAAAGCACGUUGGAAUCCUCAAUACUUUUUAAGAGUGUAGAAAUCUGCAAACCACUGACCUUCAGCCCAUCACAGGAAGUUUUGCUAUUAGCACAAUUAUUGCAUCUUUGCUCCUUUGGUUGCUUUUGUCUCACUGUCUCUGAUCUUUCAAAGACCAUCUGGAAGAGCUUGGCCAGUCAUCUAUUGAAUGGAGAUUACAUUUUGAAUCUUUUCCUACAUCUCAGUGCCCUGUGGGACGACUCUGGGGUGUCUCCAGAUGGCUAGGGCAACAGGUCCCUGUUGACAUCACCUUAUGGGGAAGUUUUAGACAGGAACAGUCUUCAGGCUCUGAAGUACUUGAAGAGCACCAUGGGAUGCCUGCCUUACAGAAGUUAAUGAGCAUGACUCAGGCAGAUUUAUAAUUCUCCGUAGAAGCCAUUUGGGAUGCCUUCCACUUCGGGGUCAUUCCACAUAGACCAAUGCAGAGCAUGCAGUAACUGCUCAAAUGGGAUUUGGAAAGGAACGAACGGUUCAUUUAGAUGUUCAACUUGGAAUAGACUUAAGCAGACACUCCUGGUGAUGAAGGCCUUAGAUGCCAGACAAUCAGGCUCAGAGACUUUCAAGCCACUUCCUAGAGUGAUGUCACAUUCCUUUCUACGCUCCACUGGGGAAGGCAGGUCUGCCCCGCCCACGGUGGCGGGGAAAUACCUAGGCAUGGAAGUGGCAUGACAGGGCUCAGGUCCCUGCCAUAUCUUCUACUCUCCACGAGGUCCUGCACGCUUCAAUCCUGCAGCCCGGUUUGGGGAUGUGGUCCUUGCUGCUCUGCGGGUUGUCCAUCGCCCUUCCACUGUCUGUCACAGCAGGACUGUAACGAGAUUACAGGGGAGCGGUUUACUGUUUUGGAAACCAGGCUUUUGGUGAGCAAUGUCUCAGCAGAGGACAGAGGGCACUACGCGUGUCAAGUUAUACUGACACACUCAGGGAAGCAGUACGAAGUUUUAAGUGGCAUCACUGUGAGCAUCAGUACCACCCUGAUAGUGGACUGUAAUAUAACAGACACGAAGGAUAAUACAAAUCUACGAUGCUGGAGAGUCAAUAACACUUUGGUGGAUGAUUACUAUAAUGAAUCCAAACGAAUCAGAGAAGGGGUGGAAACCCAUGCCUCUUUUCGGGAACAUAAUUUGUACACAGUAAACAUCACCUUCUUGGAAGUGAAAAUGGAAGAUUAUGGGCUUCCUUUCAUGUGCCACGCCGGAGUGUCCGCAGCAUACAUUAUGUUACAGCUCCCAGCACCAGAUUUUCGAGCUUACUUGAUAGGAGGGCUUAUCGCCUUUUUGGCUGUGGCUGUGUCUGUUGUGUACAUAUACAGCAUUUUUAAGAUCGACAUUGUUCUUUGGUAUCGAAGUGCCUUCUGUUCUACAGAGACCCUAGAAGACGGGAAGCUGUAUGACGCCUACGUCUUAUACCCCAAGCCCCACAGGGAAAGCCAGAGGCGUGCCGUGGAUACCCUGGUGUUGAAGAUCCUGCCCGAGGUGCUGGAGAGGCAAUGUGGAUAUAAGUUGUUUAUAUUCGGCAGAGAUGAAUUCCCUGGACAAGCUGUGGCCAAUGUCAUCGAUGAAAAUGUUAAGCUGUGCAGGAGACUGAUUGUCAUUGUGGUCCCUGAAUCGCUGGGCUUUUGCCUGUUGAAGAACCUGUCAGAAGAACAAAUCGCGGUCUACAAUGCCCUCAUCCAGGACGGGAUGAAGGUUAUUCUCAUUGAGCUGGAGAAAAUUGAGGACUACACAGCCAUGCCGGAGUCCAUCCAGUACAUCAGACAGAAGCACGGGGUGAUCCGGUGGCAUGGGGACUUCACGGAGCAGUCACAGUGUGUGAAGACCAAGUUUUGGAAGACAGUGAGAUAUCACAUGCCGCCCAGAAGGUGUCGGCCGUCCCCUGCGGUCCAGCUGCCACAGCACAUGCCUUGCUACCGCACGACAGGUGAGCGGGUGGGAGGACACAAGGUUCGUCACGCUCUGAUGGAGGGUCUGUCGUUACGCGGUGGCUCACAGCUGGAGGAGGACACAUUUCAUCGGGGCCAUCCACUCUGAAGCUGGCAGUUGCGUAGUAGUGAGAGAGUCUGUUGCAUUUGUUGGCAUUUGUUUGCUUCGAUCAGAGCUGCUUCUUCAGGGAAAGACAUGGCUUCUGCAGAAGGCCCUUUUUAGCCUAUGGGCUUGUUGACACACAUGCACACUCACUGCGGCCUGGGUGCAUACAGCACGUGCGCCCCCUGGGAACAGGACAUGGAGGGUUUUAGAGAUGGCAGUGCGCAUGCCUGGAAGUUUGCCCAUGAUGUGGCACCCACGGAGUCUGAGAUGGGGGCCUCUGCUGUCGGGGGAUGACAGGAGGGCAGUCUAGCACCAGGAGGGUUGGCAAGGAUAGCAGUAUUUGUCCACGUCUGUUCAGUGUCCGCAGGGCCCCGUGCUCAGGGGUCAUUUGCUGUGUCCGUGUCUCUCUCACUCUGCCAGUUCAAAGAGCUGUGACUACAGCCUUAGCACUGUGCUUCCAGAAGCGAGUUAAAAGUCACCUAGACCAGUGGGGACCCACGGGUGUGGCCAUGACUGCCGCUUGGUCACCCUUCCAUGCUUUGAGAGGCUUUAUCUGUCAAACUAAAGCAAGCAAGAAUUCCUUCCCUUUCCCUUUUAGACACGUCAAGCAGAAUUCUGAGCAGCCUGUGAGAGACGCAGUUAGCACACAGAUGAUAGAAUUCUAGUCCGAGCAAGGCAAAGUCAGUUUCCAAUGAGCCAGUGUGCCCUUGUCACAGGUCAAUUUGUAAUUUAAUGAUUCACAAAGUUUUUUAAUACAAAAAAUUAGCUGUCAACCCUCAUCGCUUUUUUUCCAAGACCCUGGCCUGAGGGAAUUAGACAUAGCUCAACCCUCUGAGGCUGUGGUUGUUGACCCUGAGACUUAGCAAGCAGUCAGUGCGGGCUGGAGGGGAAUCAGCCUGGAGAACCAGCCGGUGGGGUCGGGGGCGGGAGCGGGAGCCAGAUGGAGUGGGGAACGGGUGGGUUGGGAGGCGCUGUGCCUUCAUUCACAGGCGGUGGGUUGUGCCCAGUGUGGGAUGGACUUUCAGGUGCUAAGGAGCCCACUCCUGUGUUUGAAGGAUUUCUGUUCCAAGGUAACCUCACAUUACACAUUUGUUUAGCAUCCUACAGAGGCCUUCACUUGACAUUGGUCCACUUUUUAUUUAACAUUUGCUUUUUAAAUUUUUUAUUUCGGUAAACUAUAUGCACAUAAAAUUUACCAUUUUAA